AUGAUUAAAAAUUCAGGGAGUCGGGGAACCCUUUUGUGCAGCAAGCAGUGCAGUCUUGAUAUCACUAUUUUAGGUAGCAAUGACUUUUAUUCAUAUCGGAAUCAGAUUGAAGCACGUGGACUCCCUUUGUUGCCUGAAUCAUUGGCUGCUCUUCCUCCUUUUGCAUUAAUUACUUUCAAUUCUGGGGAAUCCAGCGGAGAAAAUAGCAAGCCAGAAGUUACAAAAACUGGAUUGGGUUCAUCUGCUGCUAUGACAUCUUCGGUGGUUGCUGCUUUGCUUCAUUACCUGGGAGUUGUUGAUCUUGCUCACGUGAAGGGCACUGCAGAUCUGGAUGUGGUGCAUAUUAUAGCUCAAACUGCUCAUUGCAUUGCACAGGGGAAAGUUGGCAGUGGAUUUGAUGUUAGCUCUGCAGUUUAUGGUAGCCAUCGUUAUGUCCGUUUUUCACCAGAAGUAAUCUCUUCUGCUCAGGUCUUUAUCUUGUCUCCUCUUUCCUCAAACAAACCUGUUGCUGCUCGUUAA